AGCCAUUUCAUGUGCAGCUAAAAGCCCUCGGCGAAUCCAUGCAGUUGGCGCCAGCGCGCCAUGGCAACGGAUGCUUUGGAAUUGCGGGUGAGCGAUGCACUGAAGCGGGCUCCUUUCGUGAUUUUUUCGAAGGAGGCACCUGCAUCAUUGGACGACUUCUCCAUGGAUGAUUCCUUUCAAUAUUUCUAUUUUAAUGAUCUCAUGCAGACACUCUCCGGACUUUCGCCAUCCUUCCUGACGAAUGGGAGGAACGCCAAGACGGACUUCCCUGAGGACUUUGAGGCUUACUUCUCGGAUGACGUGGAUGUGUGCAAGAGCUUCUUGCAUCCUAAAAUCAAGAUCAUUUUUGAACCCUGGCGAACUCCGUUGCGCAGCACUGUGCUGGCCACAAGAAAGACGGCAAUGACAUUUCAGGAUCGGCUGUUUAUGUUGGGCUGCUUCUCGCCAGUGGAUGACAUGGAGAUGAGCUUCACCGACUUCUCGACGACGGUGUCCUUCCCUGAGCUGCCGGACCUGGGCCUCCCGGUGCCGUGGCAGCUGGCCGCCUUCGAGCAGCUCCCCAAUGCCAUGGCCAUCCUCGAUGGAGACCUCGUGGUCCAAAACCACCUGGCACGCGCCACCCGGUUGGUACCACCCUCGAAGGAUUUUGCUUUCAUGUAAAACUACCGUGUAUGUAAACUAACUCCUUUGUUUCAGUGGUACAAGGUUAUCUGCAUCAUAGUAAGCUUGCAACAAGCCAUCCAAAGCCUGAAAUUCCUGGGACUGGUCUUUGGCGAGACUGGGGUUCUACCCUCCUGGUGGUCGCUGGGGGCGCUGGUCUUCAAACCGACACUUUGCGCUCGAAGGCCUUGGGCACAGAGGUGCUCACCUUCAUCAUCGACCUGUGCCGUAGCUGUGAAGCCAGGAGCCCUCCCCACGGAACGCCGUCGAGGAGUCCGCGCUAUUGGAACCUACAGCAAGCGGUACCAGGCCAUGGCCCCAUGCGCAUUUGGUGGUGGCAGCCCACUGAUGAGCCCUGGCGCUGUUUGGCUCUAAAGCCACUGGAGCCAGACGUCCUCGAACGUGCGCGCUUCGCCCGGCAUGCGGAAAGCCGAUGAGUCGAGGAUCUGGUCCAACUGCAGGGUGUGAGAGACCGUGCGGCCUGGACCGUGCGAUGCCAAGCCCGGACGGUGGAAAAAGGUCCGCAUGAGUCUCAGCUUUGGGAUCAAGAUCAUUCAAGAACACAGAUCCACAACUUUUCAAGGAUCCAGGGCUUAGUGCUGUCGGGCUCUCUCCAGUCCAGCCAAAGAUCACUGGAAGCGAAAACUCAAG